AUGCUAGAGUUCUGGCACUUCAUCCUGGUAUUUGGCGUUCUCAAUGGUAUCGGGGCAUCCAUGCUGUUCACGCCUUCUUUCGCCGCAAUUGGGCAUUGGUUUUACCACCGCCGCGGCCUUGCCACCGGCAUCGCUUCGACUGGGGGGUGUUUCGGUGGUAUAGUCUACCCGAUAGUGCUCCGCGUGUUGUUCGAACGCGCGGGAUGGGCUUGGGCUAUUCGAACCAUUGGGUUCACCGUUCUUGUCUUCUGUGGCGCGGCAACAUUGCUCAUCGACAGACGGUUGCCCCCAGCCCCGAACGCCUCCCCACACCCUGAUGUCCGCAUCCUUCGGGAGCCGGUUUUCGCCGUAACCACGGUUGGAAUUUUGCUCUUGGAGUGGUCUCUCUUUGUUCCCCUAACCUACAUAUCGAGUUACGCACUCAGCAAAGGCUUUGACCGCGAUUUCGCGUACCAGAUCCCGACCAUACUAAACGCAGGGAGUGUGGCUGGACGUGUGCUGGCUGGUUGGUUCGGUGAUAUUGCCGGCCCUUUCAACUCUAAUAUCCUAGCUGUUCUUCUCAGUCUAGUCGCCUGUCUGGCCGUAUGGCUGCCAGCAGGGCCUUCCAUGACCGGCAUCGUCGUUUUUGUCAUUUUGUUCGGGUUUGCCAGCGGCAAUAACAUCAGCAUUAGCCCCGUUUGCAUCGCCAAGCUUUGCAAGACGGAGAACUACGGACGAUAUCACGCGACAGCUUAUACCGUCGCCUCAUUCUCCUGCCUGUUCAACAUUCCUGUGGCGGGUGAGAUCAUCGCAGCGCAGAAGGGUGACUAUUGGGGCUUGAUAUUGUUUACAGGUCUCAUUUACGCCCUUUCUUUCGUCGCGUUGAUGGCGGCAAAGGUGAUGAUGGUGGGAUGGAAGGUCUUCGCCAUCUUUUAG